AUAACUAAUUAAAUUAACUUCCGCGAAUUAGUCGUACUUGCAAUAUAAACACCUCUUUUUCUUCCUUUUUCUUCGCCAAUCCAUUCCUUUUUAUUUCUUCAUCUUCUUCUUCUCAUCCUCAUUUCGAAAUCUCAACAAUCAAAAUUAUCAAACAAUGGUUCUCUCAAGCGCUGUAAUUGAAUCUGAUAAUUCUGUUCACUCUACUUUUGCUUCCAGAUAUGUUCGCGUUUGUCUUCCCAGGUUUCAAAUGCCAGAUAAAUCGAUACCAAAAGAAGCAGCGUAUCAAAUUAUAAAUGAUGAGUUAAUGUUGGAUGGAAAUCCGAGGUUGAAUUUGGCGUCAUUUGUGACAACAUGGAUGGAGCCAGAGUGCGAUAAAUUAAUGAUGGAUGCCAUUAACAAGAAUUAUGUUGACAUGGAUGAGUAUCCUGUUACCACUGAACUUCAGAAUAGAUGCGUGAACAUGAUUGCCAACUUGUUUAAUGCACCACUUGGAGACUCAGAAGUUGCUGUUGGAGUAGGAACAGUGGGGUCCUCAGAGGCCAUCAUGCUUGCUGGUCUGGCAUUCAAAAGAAGGUGGCAAAACAAAAGGAAGGCCCUGGGCUUACCCACUGAUAAGCCCAACAUUGUCACUGGUGCCAAUGUUCAAGUUUGUUGGGAGAAAUUUGCAAGAUACUUUGAGGUGGAGCUAAAGGAAGUUAAGCUGAGUGAUGGAUACUAUGUCAUGGACCCUGAAAAGGCAGUGGAAAUGGUUGAUGAGAACACCAUCUGUGUUGCUGCUAUCCUUGGAUCCACUCUCAACGGAGAAUUUGAAGAUGUUAAGCUCUUGAACGACCUCCUCGAGGCCAAGAACAAAGAAACUGGAUGGGAUACUCCAAUUCAUGUGGAUGCAGCAAGUGGUGGUUUCAUAGCACCAUUUAUUUACCCAGAGUUGGAGUGGGACUUUCGGUUGCCAUUGGUGAAGAGCAUCAAUGUCAGUGGUCACAAGUACGGACUUGUUUAUGCUGGUGUUGGUUGGGUCAUCUGGAGGAGCAAGGAGGACUUGCCUGAAGAACUCAUCUUCCACAUCAACUAUCUUGGUGCUGAUCAACCUACUUUCACCCUCAACUUUUCCAAAGGAUCCAGUCAAAUUAUUGCUCAGUACUAUCAGCUAAUUCGCUUGGGAUUUGAGGGAUACAAGAACAUUAUGGAGAACUGCCAAGAAAAUGCCAUGAUCUUGAAACAAGGAAUAGAAAAGACUGACCGCUUCAACAUCAUAUCCAAGGACAUGGGAGUUCCAUUAGUGGCAUUCUCCCUGAAAGACAACAGCCUCCACAACGAAUUUGAGAUCUCUGAGCAUCUUCGUAAGUUUGGUUGGAUUGUACCAGCUUACACCAUGCCCCCAGACGCGCAACAUGUGACUGUCUUGCGUGUUGUCAUCCGAGAGGACUUCUCUCGCACCCUGGCAGACCGGUUGGUGAAUGACCUCCAGAAGGUUCUCAACGAGCUUGACGCCCUUCCUGCUCGUGCCAGUGCCAAGUUGAAUGUUCCACACUCUGAGGAUGGUGAAAAUCAAGCUUCUAGGAAGAAGACUGCCUUGGAGAUGCAAAUGGAGGUCUGCAAUGUUUGGAAGAAAUUUGUUGAUGAUAGGAAGUUGAAGACCAAUGGUGUUUGCUAAGAUCCACCAAUUAUAUAUAUAUCAAUAUAUGUAGUUUGUUGUACCUAAAUGAAGCAAACUCAAGCGUGAUUUUGACUAUGAUAAAAAGUGCAUUUUUUUUUUGGGAGUGAGGUUUAGUUGAGUAUGAUCAUGGAUUUCUCUAAUCCCAGGGAAAUAAUAGACAUGAUGCUAAGAUUAUUUUACCUGUAUUGUAUGAGGAUAUGGAAAUUUUUAGCACUUUAGUGCUCUGAUUGAACGAAUUUGCUACUGGGAUUAAAUAUAUGUUGAAGAUUUUAGCUUUUGA